UCGUGUCGAUCGCUGAGCACCAUAUAUUAAAGCGAGGGCCGGCCUCUGCAUCAUCCCAACACAACCAUGGAUGUCACUGGCACCACCUUCCUCUUCGCCUCCUUCCUCGUCCUCCUCCUGCUGCUACUCAGGAAGCACAGCUACAGCCGGCGAGGCAACGCCAGACUUCCUCCGGGUCCGUUCAAGCUUCCUCUCAUAGGUAGCUUGCACCAUGUCCUCGGUCCGUUGCCGUAUCGUUCCCUCGCUGCCUUGUCCGAGAAAUUUGGUGCCGUCAUGCUCCUAAAGCUCGGUGAGGUUCCCACCCUCGUGGUCUCCUCCCCCGAAGCAGCCGCCGAGAUCAUGAAGACCCAGGACGUCAGCUUCGCCAGCAGGCCGAUGAUUUCGUCCGUCAGGAUCAUAGCGUACGGCGACAAGAGCCCCGUGUUCGCCCCAUACGGAUCCUACUGGAGGGAAGUAAGGAAGAUGAGCAUACUGGAACUGCUGAGCGUCAAGCGAGUCCUGUCUUUUCGCUCGAUCCGGGAAGAAGAGGUGCUCAAUUUUGUUCGGUCCAUGGAUCUGUUGUCAAACAGUGGUUCCACCGUGAAUCUCAGUAGCAAGUUCGCGCUGAUGACCAAUGACAUAGCCGCAAGGGCUAUCAUCGGGAGGAAGUGUAAGUAUCAGAAGCAGUUCCUACAGGUGAUAAACCGAGCACUGGAGGCAUCGGGAGGCUUCAGCUUGGCUGACCUAUUCCCAUCGUCGUCGCUCGUUAGUCUGCUCAGUGGCAUACCUCUCAAGCUGCCAAGGUUACACCGCGAGAUGGACGCUAUCCUGAGCAGCAUCAUUCAGGAGCACAGAGAGAGGAACUCCACCGAGCAAGUAGAGGAGGACUUGGUCGAUGUCUUACUCAAAGUCCAACGUGAAGGCAGCAUGCCAUUCGCUUUCACAGACGUGGCCGUCAAAGCUAUAAUCUUGGAUCUAUUUGGGGCGGGCGGCGAGACAACAGCAACAACACUGGAGUGGAUCAUGUCGGAGCUGAUGAGAAAUCCAGGUGCGAUGAAGAGGGUGCAACAGGAGGUGAGGGAGACCGUCGGAGGAAAGGGAAGGGUGAGGGAGGAGGACAUCAACGAGAUGAAAUACCUGAGGCUGAUCAUUAAGGAGACACUGAGGCUGCACCCUCCUCUUCCUCUGCUGCUCCCUCGAGAGUGCCAGGAGCCGAGAGAGAUUCUCGGUUACCAGAUACCGGAGAAGACGAGGGUGCUGGUAAACGUGUGGGCCUUGGGAAGAGAUCCGCGACACUGGGACGACGCCGCCAUGUUCAAGCCGGAGAGAUUCGACCGGGGGAGCUCCCCGGUCGAUUUCAAGGGGAACAACUUCGAGUUCAUACCGUUCGGGGCAGGAAGGAGGAUGUGCCCAGGGAUAGCCUUCGGGAUGGCGAGCGUGGAGCUUCCCCUCGCCUCCCUUCUCUACCACUUCGAUUGGGAGCUCCCGGCAAGAGACGGAGUGAAGCCUAAUGAGUUGGACAUGACCGAGAACUUCUCGCUCACGUGCCGUCGGAGGUCGGAGCUUUGCUUGCGUGCCAUUCCUCGCAAUCCUUGUCCCAUGUAUUGACUGCAAACAUGACUCUUCAUCGCUACAUGGUCCUGUCUGUGUGAUCCUCGAGACAAUAAAGAAAUGGACGCCGUUUACCCUCGA